AUGAAUCCAUCAGAGCGUCACCUGCAAGAACUCGCUUCCCAUCCAUUAUAUCAAGCAGAAGAACCGCGACGAAAAUAUCAUCUUGCUUUAUUUAUGCUGUCAUUUGCACUAUCGACUAAUGGCUAUGAAAAGAUAUCGAAGCGAUUACGGCCAUUUUUUUCUAAAUUAGGAAUAAAGAUUCCUGAAAGAGAAGAAUUUGCAUAUGUAAUAACUCGAAGUCAACAUGAUCACAGAACACCACUAAAAGCGCUGUAUUGUCUGAAUGAUGAGUGUUUGCCGGACGACACAAGGCGUGGGUUAAAAGUCUUUUUAGAGGUGCACAUAUUUGUGUUAUUUUUCGAAUUCUUAUGGUCAUUACCGGGACAUAUGAAGCGUGGAGAUAGCUUAACAAAGAUAUUUAGUAAUAUCUCAACAUCAUCAUCACGACAAAUAGGAUUAGUCGCGGCCUCAUACGUGUUUCUAUAUAAAGUUUACUUGCGAUUUUUCAAACGAGUAUUUGAUCCAUUAUCUCGACCUCCAUACGCGCGAUUAUACACAGAUCGGAUCUAUGAUAAACUGUUGCGAUCAAUGAGACUUCCGCCAGCUUAUGAGUUUUAUGAAAAAUUAUUUCAUUCACCUUCAGUACCCCCGGCAUUAGCGGGAUUCUGUGCUGGGCCGGCAAUUCUUUUUGCCAAAGAUCAAUCCCAACGUGUGACUAUGUCCGUAUAUAUACUACUCAAAAGCUUUCAGUUUUUAUAUCAUUCGUUAUACGAAAAUCGAAUAAUCCCGAGAACUCCAUGGUGGUUGGGAUCAUGGAUAUUAUUUCCAUUAAGUUCCGCACAGCUUAUUCAUGCAUAUCUAGUAAAUCCAGAUACUUUUUCGGAAAGUUAUGAACGGUUUAUUACCUCACGCAGUACAACAUAUGUUCAACCGCGUCCAGGUUACUACCCCAAAUCGUUACCAUGGCCGACUGGCCGUGAGAUCGUAGACUCGAUUGGAGUAAUCGCGUCUUUAAACUACCCAGAAUUCUAUUCAAAAAAACUACAUCGUGAUGUGCCUCCCCUCCCAAAAGAACUAAAUCCUAUUCAACCGAUAUUGGAAAUAGCACACCCCGCUCACACGAAAACCAUGUGCGCAAUGUUGCACCCGGAUGAGCCAAGUUGUCUAGUGACUUUUUCGAAAUUUGUUGCGAAAGAAGGUGUUGGCGCGCUUAAAUUCAUGGCUAUAAUAAAUGGGAUAGGAAUAAUUCUUAGAUGGAAGCAAAUUCGCGAAAGACCAUACGAGAGCGUAAUGCAUUGGUUGAAUCAUUCGGUGCCAUUAUCAUUUAAAGGUGCUACAUUCAUAACAAUGGCAAUUGCUACUUCGUGGGGUUUAAUAUGUGGAUUACAAAACAUAUUUCCGGCAAAAUUUAUGCCAGUAUCGAGAAUCUAUCUUAAUGGGUUCAUCGGAGGUCUUUGGAUUUUCGCUGAAGAUUCUAAUCGCCGACUCGAUAUUGGAAUGUACAGUUUGCGAUUAUCCCUCGAAUCUAUAUGGAAACUGCUGGUGAAGAAGAAAAAAGUGAAAGCAAUCAAGUAUAGUAUAGAACGGAGAAGCCCUAAUCUUCUCAUUCGCAAUGGCAAUAAUCAUGUCAAUAUUCCACACAAAUCAGCGAUGUAUUUCUUCCCCAUACAUUCGAUACUGUAUAAGAAAAUUGGUAGGAACUGA